AUGGGAUCCAAAAGAAUCAUUGCUCGAAUCCAAUAUCCCAACAAGUAUGACGAUGCAAAUUUUCAGAGAGUGUAUGGCGUUCAGAACUCUGAUAUGAUUGCUGAAUUGAUGCGUCUUUGCAAGAGCAAGGAGAGUCUGAUUCUCACUCUAAGUGCAUUCUGUAAGAUGGUCAAGAAUCGCUUCCGCGAUGCAUUUGGACACUAUAAUGCUGUCAGAAAGGUACUUAGCAAGCAGAACAAGUCGGAGAAAUUGGAUAAUGAGCUGACACCCGAAGAAUAG